AUGUCUUCAUUUGCAGCAGAAGAAAAAGAAGAAGAGUUUCAGAAGCUUGGCCAAUACAACUACGGACUGGCGUCCCCAUCGGCCAGCUCCGGCGGCGGCGGUAGUGGCGGACCUGGAGGCGUAGCAUACGACGACACCUCGUCUCGCGGCGCCCAGGACGCCGCCGACUUGUGGGCCACCACCACCACCACCACCAGCAGCAACACCAGCAGCAGCGCACAGCAGCAGAAUUCUGCUGUCGAAGACGGCUUGUCUGCUGGUGGCACCACCAGCAACAGCAGCACCACCACCAACACCCCCAAUAACAAUAGCACCACCACCCCCAGCACCACUGCCACCACCAACAAUGGCGAGCAGCCUGGACCAGGAGGUGGCCCUCUGGCACCGACGGCCUUCUCUGAAUCCGGGCCAGGUACCCCGGGGUCUCUGCAGCUAUCGGCGCCUGUGUCUGUGGUGUCUGCGUCGCCGCCGCUGCCCCACUCGCACCAGCAUCACCAACACCACCACCACCACCACCAACAGCACCACCAGCAGCACCAUCAGCAUCAUCAGCACCUCGGCCACAACCACAAUGCCCAUCAUUUACAGCAGCAGCAGCACCAUAACCAGCAGCACCCCCACCAGCACCAGCACCACCAUACGCACCAACAGCCUCAGCACUACUUUCAUCAGAUUCCCGUCAAGUUGGAGAACGCGAGCAUCACAGAGCUGGGCUCUUCCGGAGGCGGCGGCGGGAAUGCGAUGAAUGGCCCGCAGCAGGUCGGGCCCAGGCCAGUGGACCUGUCCCACCAGCAUCAGCGAGCAGCGUCUGCCGGGGACUCUGUGGCUGGGAUCGGAGACCCGCAGCAGCAGCAGCAGGGUGCAAACACGGCUGCUGCAGUCGUGCAGGACUUGCAGCGUCGCCAACAGGACGUCUACCGGCCCAAUGGACUCGGCCUGUCCUCAGACCACGGAUAUCUCUUGGAAGAUCCCCCGCUCUCCUUUCUUCUUUGCAAGUGUGUCUUGAAAGAAGGUCAUCAUAAUCUUCAGCAGAAGAAGAAGAAGAUAAAAAGAGAAAAGUGA